AGAAGCCGUUGCAGCUUAUGCAACAUUGUCAGAGGUGGAGCCUGAGAUCUUCGCAGAUGACUGGCAUAUUCUUCUCGCAGUGGCAGGCCUGCUGGCUUCGGCCGGCGGCGUCCGCGGGGCGGUUUUGCGAUUAUGGCCUAGUAAAUACUUACUUUUAGCUUUGGUCUUCCUAGGUCUACUUCGUCGCUCGUCAUAGUCACUCCAGUCCAGGGGGGUUGCCGGUUCGUUUGUGGUGCAGCCCCGUCUUUUUUUAAUCGCUACGUGUGUGCCAAAGAAUCCUAAAUCUUCUACGUAUAAUCUACGCUUCUCAUCUGUUCCCGAUUUCUAAUUUUGGAGCUAUCUGCAGCGAUACGGCCACUCGACAUGUCGUGGAUGAAGUUGCUGGUGCAUCAUCUGAUGGAAAAAUAUGGCACAGCUGCCGAAGCGAUGAAGCACCUGACGUCGCGACUAAUCUCCAGGCAUGUGCCAAGGUUGCCCAUCACAGUAGCAGAGCAAAUAUUAAACUACGAAAGCUGGCUCAGUCGAGCGCUUGGAGAAUUCUGGGAGAAGCGGGUCUGGAAGCUGGCAAAAAACGCAGCAGCGGAAGCUGAAGGAAAAGACGCGGCAGUGGCUGCCCAAAUAGAGCGCGACGCGAAGGAACAACUGAAGAAGGAGCUGGAGACAAAAAUUGGAGUUCAUGUCUACAAUGGGUGCCUGAAUUGCCCGGAGGAGCGAAUAUUUUUCGAGGCGGAGACCUUGGAAGAGUCUGGGCGCCAAGUAAACGAGCAGCAGCGCCGUUGCCCAGAUGUCGACGUUGUCUCAGCUGACCCAGGAGAGGUUGUCGACAUAGGACAGCACGCUUUCGGGGCCGCUGUGGUGCCAGCAGGAUCGAAAAAACUACCCGUCGUCUUGAAAGAGGGCCGCACUACGUACCUCGAGUCCAUUCACAACCGGUAUGACCAUCACAGCAGAUGGCACCAAGGACUGAACGAGGAGACCCGACAUGCUACGAUCAUGAGGGCCUGCUUCGAAAUAUCGGAGAGCCGCAGAGUACGCCUCAGCCGUGGAGCGCAUAAGAAGCGGGCCUUCGAGGAGUUGCCUCUUGGCUCACCUGGUACGCUACGACUUCACGGGAAAUAUGCCUUGCCGCAGCUAACGAGCUUCGCGAGACAACGGUGGAGAGAUUGGAACUUCGCCAUUCUUUUUAGCAUGCAAGUUCUAGCGCAAGGAGGAGCGUCACCUCGUGAAAUUGCAAACAUCAUGACGCUGAAUGAGCGCGAAGUCUUAAGGUGGGCCCGAGAGCGCCAGCGUAUGGAAGAAAUAGUGGAAGCCACUGGAUCGACCCACAGGGGGUGGCUCACGCUUCAGCAGGAACAGGAGGUGAUUGACCACCUCAAGAAGUCGACUUGGGUGCAGCUUAACUGGGACGCAUGCCGCGCGAGCACUCUCGACUACAAGCCUCAUGCUAAUCCUGGCGCCGGUGCUGCAGUUGCAGGCGGCAAUAAAAGAGUCCCAGAGGCUCUCUCCCUCGACGCUGAUCAGGAGAACGCGAAGCGAAGACGAAUUGUCCAAGAGGUGCAAGAGCGGCGUGCUGAGACUGCACGGCAGAAGCAGGCGGAUGUGGAUGCGAAGCAGACCGCUGCCUAUGAGGCGUAUGUCAAGGAUUUCGUUGAACGCAACACAAAAAUCAAAUAAGAAGGCUAUGACUCUCGUGCCGCGAAAUACACGUGGAAAGCGCAGAACGAGGAGGAGUGCAAGAAGCUGGGGCUGAGCUUGUGCCCGGUCUGUUACGGUUUCCAGUCACGGACCGAAAAGACACUACACAAGAACGAUAGUGCUAAUUGUGUCGCCAAUAAGUUCGUCACGAUAAAAGACAAGGGCGGCGCGCGUCCCAUGAAGAAGAAGGUUUGAGGUUUUUCUGAAGGCCUUUCGCCUAUGUAUUGCUAGCUUGUAACUCAAUUGGCAUGGGCACACUUCUCAGGAACCAACUCGGUCAAGACCCUUCCCCAACGACGUGAUGCAUAUGAUCUAUUUCUUAUCUUUAGAUGUGGCCCUCCCCCUCUCAAGCCGGACGAAAUAGCUUUCCAUCCCAGUGCGCUACCCUUGUGUCCCGAAUAGAGUCCCCUAAUUUUCAAGAAAUUGCGUCGAGUUGCUUACUUGUUUUGCCAGGCAUUCAAAGCGCAGGGUGCUGCUAUAAGAUAGAAGCAUGCUGUUGUUGACGAGAGAAGGAACGAGAAUUCUGGGUUGACGAGAGAAGCAAUGAGCACGUUGCCGAGAGAUGCGGCAUUCUGAAGAGAGAAGCAGACGCGUUGCCUCAGUAGUACAAUUUAUCAAUUUUCCAAACAGCAAGAGGCGACGUUCAAUUUUCCAGAAAAUAGACGGAAA